GCUCGCGCGCGCCGGGGAGGGCCGGGCGGCGCGCGGCCACUAGGAAGCCCUUGGCCGGCCGAGGCUGCAGGCGAGAGCGCGAUGGGCCGCGGCGGUGGGCGCACGUCCCGCGGGGACUCAUGCCACGAGCGGCCCGGCCGGGCGCUCAAUUAGCAGCCGCCUCCGCCGCCGCCUCCACCACCACCGCCGCCGCCACCACCGCCUCCCCGCGCUCGCCGGCUGCCGCCGUCCCCGCGCGCGGACUGCCGGCAUUGUCCUCCGGUCCGCCGCCGCGGACUGCCGGGGGGGCGCCCGGGACCCGCCACCGCCGCCGGCCGGCCGCGCAGCUGCCCCGGUGCCCCGCGCCUCCCGUCGGCCCGGCGGCGAGCUCCGGAGGCGCGCUGAGGCAGCCGAGCCGUCCCGCCGCCAAGCCCUGCCCUCCGCGGCGCGCAAGCCCCGACGGGGCCGCGGCGGGCGCCCGGCGAGCGCUGCUGCCGGAGCCAUGAGAGAGUACAAAGUGGUGGUGCUGGGCUCGGGCGGCGUGGGCAAGUCCGCGCUCACCGUGCAGUUCGUGACGGGCUCCUUCAUCGAGAAGUACGACCCGACCAUCGAGGACUUCUACCGUAAGGAGAUCGAGGUGGACUCGUCGCCGUCGGUGCUGGAGAUCCUGGACACGGCGGGCACCGAGCAGUUCGCCUCCAUGCGGGACCUGUACAUCAAGAACGGCCAGGGCUUCAUCCUCGUCUACAGCCUCGUCAACCAGCAGAGCUUCCAGGACAUCAAGCCCAUGCGGGACCAGAUCAUCCGCGUGAAGCGGUACGAGCGCGUGCCCAUGAUCCUGGUGGGCAAUAAGGUGGACCUGGAGGGCGAGCGCGAGGUCUCGUACGGCGAGGGCAAGGCCCUGGCCGAGGAGUGGAGCUGCCCCUUCAUGGAGACGUCGGCCAAAAACAAAGCCUCGGUGGACGAGCUGUUCGCCGAGAUCGUGCGGCAGAUGAACUACGCGGCGCAGCCCACGGGCGACGAGGGCUGCUGCUCGGCCUGCGUGAUCCUCUGAGCGCCCCCGCACCCCACCCGGCCGCGCUCGGCGCACAAAAGCCAAACCACCGACUCUUCUGCAAUGUGAUUCUUGGUGUUUUUUUUUUUUCCCCUCCCUCUUCUUUGCUUUGAGAUUGGAGACAACUUUGCAAGGGCCGGGGUGCUCCCGGGAGCCCUGGCGGCCUGCGCGCCCUGUGUUCCAAGGGAGUGUCCCGCCCUGACCAUCCGACGCCCUGGUGGAAGUGUGGCUCUGGUUUUUGUUUUUUGUUUUUUUUGCAGCAUGUACACUUU